CCUGUACAGUAGGUGGCGGUGUUAAACUUUAAUUCCACAGUCCAGCAUAAUGACGAGGAAAAGGAAAGAAUCACCGGCUACAAACAAAGCUAGCGAUGUUUCGUUUCUGACAGGAUUGCCUUUAUUUUAAUAGCAAACGAGAUAACUGUAGAUUAUUAUAAUACUAUAGAAAACACAAAGACUGUUUUCAUAUUGAAAAAGGGGCCAAAAGCGUCGGGGGACAAUGUCGGGUUCCGUGGUCGAGUUCCAGGCGCAGAUAGCCUCAAUCAUGGAGGUGCUAGCCAACGCUGCUGUAACCGAAAUCUGCAAAGUUGUUGACGAUGGCUAUGCGAUUGUACACCUGAAGAUGACCCAAAGCCACAAGGAGAACGAAUUUCUCCGGAGGAAAAUGAAAUUGAUGGAACUUCAGAUCGCGAAGUUUAGAUCUGAGAGAACAAAGUUUUCAGAUGGGUCCGUCCACAACCGCUUCCAUGGAAUACGCCUGCUAAACAGACACAACAAUCGAGAGACGGCAACGACAGGACCUACUUGGCAAAGCAGAAACAGACUUUCCAACAGGAGUUUUGGGAACAGCAGCAUACCAAGAGACAGACAGCCCAUAGACGUGGACCAAGAGGAUGUCUCUCCAUCAAAGCAUAUGGAUGCUACAAGUGAUGAGCAGUCAGCAGAGACAGAGGAAGGGGAACCAGACCUGCUCAUCAUCAAGGAUGAGGGGGUAGCAGAUGACCAGGACUCUAGGUCCAGCCACCCAGUUAGAACAGUGGAGGGCAGCAGAGAGCUAACCACCCAACUGACUGCAGCCACCACAGAGGAUCCCACCUUCCAGCCCAGAGGUCCCAGAGGCAACAACAACUACAUCAACACCGCUAUGGAGCAAUCAGCAGAGACAGAGGAAGGGGAACCAGACCUGCUCAUCAUCAAGGUGGAGGGAGAAGCAGAUGACCAGGACUCUAGGUCCAGCCACCCAGCCAGAACAGUGGAGGGCAGCAGAGAGCUAACCACCCAACUGACUGCAGCCACCACAGAGGACCGCGCCUUCCAGUCCAGUGGCCCCAGAGGCAACAACAACUACAACACUGUUAUGGAGGUCAGUGGAUCUGACGUCGUCUUCCAAUCAGAAACAGGGAAUGUGAACCAGGGAUCACAGCAGUACACAGGAUCUGAACCCAGAGCAGAGAGGCAGAGUCUGGACACAAAGUGUGACAUGAACGGGGGCCUCAAUCUCCUAAGAGAUUCUUUAAACCAGGUGUGGAGAGAGGUAGUAGCAACUGAUGAUGGUGCCUCUGCUGCUCACACUAAAGUAAUGGACCUAGGGAGUGGCCCAGUGGGCCCAGAAACACAGACUAGCUCAGACAUAGAAAUGAGAAGUGUAGGGUUAGAAAACCACAGGUUUACCCCCAAGUCGUUCCAUUCCUCAUCAGAACAUGUGAUAGUGAUUGACUCUGUAUCCAGUGGGCAGCAGGUAGAUAGAGAUUUCGAGUGGGGUCAGGUGGGUACAGCUACUAAACCACAGGACAAUGGGACUGGAAAUAGGCAGGGAGUGGGAUUGUUUGAGAGGAACGCACCUACGAUGGCAAGCCUCCAUAGACACUCUGAAAUACCAGGAAGAGGAGUUCAACAACCAGCUCAUACCUCACUUCCUGUCGGCCAUUUUAGACAAAGCGCCACAACUUCGUCUCACUCGAGUAAUCUUGCCACACACGUUAGACCUGACACCAUAGAGCAAUUGUACAGUUGCCUGAGCUGCCAUAAGAAGUUUGUUCACGAGAGCGACUUGCAGCAGCAUGCGGUCAUCCACACCAGAAAACGGGCGUUCGCCUGCAACUUGUGUGAGAAGAGCUUUAUGUCCCGCACCGAUCUCAAAAUGCACCUGAAUGUCCACACUGGAGAGAAGCCAUUCAGAUGUGCACAUUGCGGGCGCAGGUUCUCCCACUCCAGCAAUUUGAAAAGACAUCAGAAGCUUCAUCAUUGAGAAAUUGGACCGAAGCAAGAAAUUCCUAUUGAAACAAGCUGUUAUAGCAAUAUCAUGAGUUCAAACUUGAUUUGUUCUGCAGUGCAUUCGGGAAGUAUUCAAUCUAUACACACUACCCCAUAAUGACAAAGCAAAAACAGGUUAAACAUUUUUGCAUAUGUGUGUGAUAUGUAAAUGUAAUAUUUCAGUAUUCAGACCCUUUGUACUUUGUUGAUGCAUCUUUGGCAGCGAUUACAUUCGAAGUAUUCUUGGGUAUGACACUACAAACUUGGGGAGUUUCUCCCAUUCUUCUCUGCAGAUCCUCGCAAGCU